AUGCCCGACCAGCUCGAGGAGAUCUCUGACCAAGGCCCGCGGGGACCUGUGGACGAAGAUGGUCCAAAGCUGGAUCAAAUCAUGCAAGCUCGUGGAUAUCAGAUGGAGAUGUUUGAGGAAAGCAUGCGACAGAACAUCAUAGUUGCCAUGGACACGGGUAGUGGAAAAACUCACGUGUACGGGAGUUGUUCGUUUUGUUGCCGUAAUUUAAUUGAAUGUUAUGCAGCACUCAAUAAUCUUCUGUCUUCAUCUAUUAGAGCGGUAAUGCGAAUUGAAGCAGAGCUUGAAAGACUCCCACUUCAUAAGCUUGUAUGGUUUUUGGCUCCAACUGUGGCACUAUGUGAACAGCAAUAUCGCGUCCUACAGUUGCAUCUUCCCGUACACCAAGCUCGGUUUCUUAGUGGAGAUAUAGUCGAUCGCUGGAGCGACCAGCGACAGUGGGAUGCCAUUCUCAAAAAUAUUCGCAUCGUUGUUUCAACUCAUCAAGUUCUUUCAGAUGCUCUCACCCAUGGUUUUGUCAAAAUGGAAGCUCUGGGCUUGAUGGUUUUCGACGAGGCUCACCAUUGUAUUAAGAACCAUCCUGCAAAUCGUAUAAUGCGUGAUUUCUAUCGUCCCUUGACGUUCAAAGGACCCGGGUGUGAUAGACCGCAUAUAUUGGGCCUCAGUGCCAGCCCCAUAAUUACAAAUGACAAAUUUGGAAUUCAGGUCAUUGAGGGAAAUCUAGACGCAAUCGCUAGGUCUCCGAAACGUCAUCGAGAAGAUUUGUUAAAACAAGUUCAUCACCCCGCCUUAGUCAACCUCUUUUACCCCAGGCCCUCAAUGUAUGCAAAUCACGGGUCUUUCGGCACUCAAACCCUCCGAAGCCUUCUGAGUGCAUUUAAUGAGCUUGACAUCAGAGACGACCCUUGGGUCAUCUCGCUCAAGUCAAGCACGGAUCCUCGGGAUCAAGCUGUUCUCCAAGAGAUUUUGGUUAAUCAUAAAACCUACACCCACCAGCAAAUCCAACUCCUCGUCAACCGCUCCAUCAAUAUUUACCAAGAAUUGGGAGGUUGGGCGGCGGACAUAUAUAUCAGUUUCUGCAUACGAAGGUUUAAAGCGGCCGUGGUAGCAAACGAUGACUUGCAGCUUUCGUAUACAGAUGAAGAAAAGCGAUACGUCUAUAAAAUUUUGGACAAAGUCUACCUUAUUUCUGACGACCAAGCUCUUCCUGAGUAUUUGACGGAGAUUACAGACAAGGUACGAUGUUUACUGAAAUUCCUCGUCGCCGAAGCGAGCCCGACUUUUGCUGGGAUAGUGUUUGCAGAGCGACGUGCUACAGUCGCCGUUUUAUCACAGAUCAUUGCGCUUCAUCCAGAUACACGGGACCUAUUCAAAUGUGGUGCAUUCGUUGGUCUCUCUGGUAGUUCAAGACGUAAACGAAACAUCGCGGAUCUUGCAGAGAUUAAAGAUCAAUGGAGCCACCUGGAUGAAUUUAGGGAUCGAAGCAGAAACUUAAUUGUUGCAACAAGUGUUUUGGAAGAGGGGAUCGAUGUCCCAGGCUGCAAAGUAGUCGUGUGCUUUGACAGAAUACCUAAUGUCAAGUCUUUUAUCCAGCGGCGAGGACGAGCAAGACAAGCCAAGUCCAAGCUUGCGCUAUUGUUGGAGGAAAAUUCCUUGUCUUCGGUGGACAUCUUCCACGAACUUGAGCGCGAAAUGAAACGCAUAUACGAAGAUGACCAAAGGGAAUUCGAGGCUUUACAGAUUCAAGAGAAUGAGCUUGAGCAAUCGAAUCAGAAACUCCAGGUUAACUCUACGGGUGCGCUCUUGACCUUUGACAAUGCAAAAUCUCACCUCUACCAUUUUUGCAACACACUCUCUUCAGACGCGUAUGUCGAUAGAGGACCACGAUUUUCUAUCGAGGAGGACCGAUGUGGCAAUGUUCGCGCUCGGGUUGUUCUUCCCUUGUCUGUUGACCCUUCGGUCCGGACUUUUAUCGGGAAAUUUUGGUGGAGAACAGAGAAGGCUGCAAAGAAAGACGCAGCGUUCGAAGCAUAUGUUGGCCUUUAUAACGCCGGGCUCAUAAAUGACAAUCUUCUGCCGCUAAGGCUGCCAAAGUCUGAGUUUGAUAGAACUGCUGUCGGAAACGAACAACUCGCAGUGCUGUCUGUGGAUGAGAGGCUCGAUCCCUGGGCUGGGAUUGCACAACAAAUAACGCACUCCGAUAAUCUGAUCGGGUCUAAAUUGACCGUCGAAAAGGCAGGUCAACAGUCACUAGAUAUGUUAAUGUGGCUGCCUCAUGCACUGCCUUCGAACAUUCAAUUUCAGAUACAGUGGGACAUUGCAACCGUUUUUUCGAUUGCCCUCGAAGGCCAAGCCACGAGGCGUUCUUCGACGGACAAUUUCACUCAUCUUUCCGAAGCGAACUAUCUGCUCUAUAACUCCGUUUACCGUUCCAGGAUUGAGCCUGGCCGCCUGGACUUUCCCGCCCUGUUUACCCCUAAUAUCGCGCUCAACGUGAUGCAGUCUUGGACAAAACGUUCGGCAGGAGCGUUACCUGCUUCUGAUGCACUUGUACAAAAUGCUGGGCUUGCUGCUGUUGGAUUGGUCCGCAAUCGAUCCCGUUUCGGCGCUCCGCAUGUUUUGCAGAGGACGAAGCCUCUUGAUGAUUGCCCUGAUUUGGAAAGUAUCCGUGAAGAGGAAGACCUCUUGGCUGACGGACCUUAUCUUGAAGUUUGUCGUCUUAGCAAACGGACGGAUUUUCUACAUGCACUUGCAUUACCAUCGUCUGAUCCGGGUGAUAUUUCACGCCCACCUUUACGAUAUCUGCCGAUCUCACAAUGCGACGUGGACAUUUUGCCGUUCAUAUACGCUCAAUUUGCACUAUUUAUUCCGUCGAUAAUGCACCAAUGUGGGAAGUGGAUUCUAGCCCAAAGACUAUGUGAGACCACGCUUUCAUCAGUGGAGUUCAACGAUUUAGACCUGGUUGUAACCGCCCUUUGCGCCUCUUCCGCGAGAGAGGCCGUAGACUAUCAGCGACUAGAGUUCCUUGGGGAUAGUAUUCUCAAAUUCAGCGUCUCCCUGCAAUUGAUGGAUGAGCACGGCAAUUGGCAUGAAGGAUACCUUAGCGCCGAAAAAGAUCGUCUUGUCUCUAAUUCGAGACUAUCCAAGGCAUCGACGCAUGUUGGCUUAGAUAAGUACAUUUUAACAAAAGCUUUCACUGGCAGCAAAUGGCGUCCAAAUUAUAUCUCCAAUCUUCUCCGUCUCGAGGGUCUGGAAAAGCGGGAAAUGUCUAGCAAAGUACUUGCAGAUGUUGUCGAGGCAUUGAUUGGUGCAGCUUUCAUUGACGGCGGAUACGAAAAGGCAUUUAAAUGCUUAAAGGUUUUCCUACCAGAAGUAAAUUGGCUGCCAUUGGAGCAGCGAAAGAAGUCGAUAUAUGAUCAAUUCCCGUCUGACCAAAAAUUGCCGCCGGUGUUUACCGAGCUUGAAGUCUUGGUCGGUCACAAUUUUGGAAAGAAAAGGCUGCUUCUCGAAGCAAUGACACACGCUUCAUUUUCGGGCGAUGUCUCUGCCAGGUCAUAUCAACGUUUAGAAUUCUUAGGCGAUGCCGUCCUCGAGAACUUGGUAGUUUCUUAUCUUUUCCGGCAUAAUCCGCAACUGUCAGUGCAGGAGAUGCAUCUGAUGAAGACGGCCUUGGUUAAUGCAAAUUUUCUUGCCUUUUUGUGCCUAGAGUGGCUCAUCGAACAGGACCGAAUCGAUGUCCUUGUCAAUCCGUCUUCUGGUGAGUUUGAAGAAGUACACGCUCCGGUUCAACAUCACUUUUGGAAGUUCAUGCGUCACAAUUCCUCUGCAGAACUGGUCAAAGCACAGAGGGCUGUUGUCAGGCGCCAUGCAGAGCUCCGAGAGCAACUCAAAAAUGCCCUUGUGCAUGGGAACGUCUACCCGUGGGCUUCCCUGGCGAGUCUGGGGGCAGAAAAGUUCUUUUCCGAUAUUGUGGAAAGUCUCCUUGGUGCCGUCUACCUGGAUGCUUCUGAUGCUUCUUCCGCAUGUGAGAAAGUUGCUGAGCGAAUUGGGAUACUGCCCUAUCUUCGUCGACUGGUUAGCGGGCAGGUGCAUAUGUUGCAUCCAAAGGAGGAGCUCGGUCGGCUCGCCAGCAACAAACGCAUCCGUUAUACCACUGGUAUCGAAGAAGUCGAAGGGAACAAUAGAUACUGGUGUUCGGUCUCCAUGGAUGAAGAGAAGAUCUGUAGAGUUUCCGAUGGUGUGAGCAGAGUUGAAGUUGAGACGCGAGCCGCAGACAAUGCCUUGAAGGUACUCUUUCAAGAAAGACCUCAAUUGGAACCUUCACUGGAACAGCCAGGGGAAGCUGCACAGCUAGAAGAUCAGAUCUAUUCAAGUAAAGAAGGUGAUAGAGACUGA